GUUUCGCGUGGUUAAGUUACUCAGUGAGGUAAAAGGAAGGUUUCAUACGACGAGAGACGCAAGGCAUAAGUCCAGUGAUUCAGGUACACGGGCACGGCUGGGAGAUCGUUCAAUGCAUUUUAGUUUUGCGUCGCCAGACCCCAGGAAGUGGAGAGGGGCGUCGGGCUGUCAGUUCGAAUCAGACUCUCUCUGCCACUUAACCUCCAACCAGCGACUGGAGCCAAGUACAACACUGCACAGUCAACCGCAUAAAGCGCCCAUUCUAAUACUUUGCUAAACCUACAAUCUUAUUUCCAGUCCGUGUAUUCCAGAUGUCUGAUCAGUCUUCAGAGGCGGAUUCACUGCUCGGGCAAUCUGUUGAGGCGUGCGAGGAGGAAAUUGACGUGGAAAGUUUAGAGGAUUGCUUUUCGCAAGGCGACAGUCUGGGGUAUGUAGAGGAAGAGGAAGAAGGGGAGGAGGAGGAGGAGGAAGAGGAGAAAAUGAUUAAUAGGUGCAACAAGGCAAAGAAGCCGGUGCCCGAGCCGCGAAGGCUGGCUCGGAGUCCCAAGUGCGCUCGCUGCAGAAACCAUGGCGUCGUCUCAUGUCUGAAAGGGCACAAGAGGUUCUGUCGCUGGAGAGAUUGCCAGUGUACCAACUGCCUACUGGUAGUGGAGAGGCAGAGGGUGAUGGCAGCUCAGGUAGCUCUCAGGAGGCAGCAAGCUAUCGAGGUGAAGAAAGGUGUGAGUGGCAAGGAAUCCACGACGUCAGCCCGCAGAGCGUCCUACCAGCGAUAUCCUCGCACUCCCAGUCUCCUGGCAAAAAGCAUUCUGGAAGGUUACCGCGCCCCGCAGGAUGACAGUUUAUUCUGUCCAAGCCGUUUCUUCCUACCGCCGCUGAGUGACAGGAUGAGGAAAAGGAGAGCUUUUGCAGACAAGGAGCUGGAAAGUGUGAUGCUGGAAAGAGAGUACAGAGAGAGAGAAUUACAGGAACUAGCUGCAUUUCAAGUCUUCAUGAGACCGAGUAUGGAAACUCACCCCAAGUACAACCUUCUUAAAGUCAGCUACAACCAAUUCUGUGACCCAUCACAAUUUAACCCUUCAGCGUCCAAGGAGUUACUAAAUAUUUACAUUCCUUUUGUGCACACCAAUCCUGCCAUGUGGGAUUUUGGACCUAAUUGUUACCAAGACAACAUUGAUCAGACUAGGGAAUCCUGUUCAGCAAAUAUAGCAGGCUGUAUUUCUGAACAGACGUUAGGUAACACUUCAAUAUGGGGGCAAAAGUCUACUCCAGUGAACAAUUCAUUCUAUCCAUACAACGCGUCCGACUCUACCAGUUUACCCGAACGAUUGGACCCUACAAGGCAAAUUCUUGAAUAUGGAGAAUUAAAUUCAAAGGAGGCCUGUUCCAGUUACAGGGGUAAUUACACACAGGCAAAAAUCACAAAAAGUUUCGAUUCAUUUCCUGAAAAUACAGCUCUAUGUACCUCUCAGAGACAAAUAGUACAAUACCCAGAACUGUCUGAGGAGUUUGUUUCAUUCAGCAAUUACUUAACCCUAGACUCACAGGUAGCAGCUGAGUCUACGAGUAAGUCUGCUUCAGGCAGUUUCAUCGCAAGAGAAGCUUUAAGACAUUUUACAAAGAAAACACGGGAACAUUGUUCUGGCAAUCAAGUGAAAGUAACUAAACAGAUGUUACCAUUUUCUGUGGAAUCUCUUUUGAAAACAUAAACUAAAAUACAUUUGAUUCCAGUUUAAAAGAUCCUUGUCUCAUUAGGCAUUUCUUUUUGUGUGAUACAAAACGUUAUUGCUUAAUGCAGAUAAAUUAUAAUGUCUUGAUAUCCUGGUGACAUCUAAAUAUUAAUAGUUUGGGCACAUUUUUUGUCUGUCCGUUUAAUUGCUAUUCUUAAAGUAACCAUUAGAAUCUUGCUUUUACAUCUUCGGUUUAUCAGGUAGUAUAUAUUUUUUCUUUGAAUUCGAUAUAUAUACCCUAUGCCCAAUUACUACUUUUGUUCAACAGCGGGUGUUAAAAUAUAUUUGAAAAUAAAAUCUUAUAUAAAAUUGUUGUGUGCUUGCUAACCAAAUAAUAGUGGUCAGUUUCAUGAUGAGACGAGACAUUAGUUGUAAAAACGAUACUCUCAUUGCCCUAAUUCAUGGCUUAAUUGAAUGAAUAAGGAAUGACUGCAAAAAUAAUUUUCGAGACUGUAUCAACUGUACCUUUGAAGUGUUUGUCAUUUUAAUUGCAUAUAGUUUCAUAUGACAUAUUCAAACCAAUGGAAAUAAAGUCACAUAGAGUCUUA